AUGUCGGCAAAUUGCAUUUUCUGCAAGAUCAUUAAGAACGAAAUUCCGUCUCUUAAAAUCUACGAGACUUCCAAGACUCUUGCGUUUAUGGAUAUUGGUCCCACCGCUCCUGGACAUGCUUUGGUGAUCCCUAAGUAUCACGGUGCUAAGCUUCAUAAUAUUCCUGAUGAGCAUUUGUAUGAAAUUCUUCCCAUUGCUAAGCGCAUUGCUCUUGCUUUAGAUCUUGCCAUUGAAUCCCCUGAAGGCGAGGGCUACAAUGUUUUGCAAAACAACGGUAGAAUUGCCCACCAAAUGGUUGAUCAUGUUCACUUCCAUUUAAUCCCUAAGCGCGAUAGCACUUCGGGUCUCGUUGUCGGCUGGCCCGAAAGUGAGGAAGGCAAGGCAAAAAUCAAAGAGAUUCAUGCCAAGUUGGAAGCUGCUUUCAAGGCUGUCGAGGAGUCAUCUCCAAUUAAGAUCUAG